GAUAGAGAGAGGGAGAGAGAGAGAGAGCGCGUCCCUCCUCCUCCUCCUCCUCCGCAGUUUGCAGUGUGUUAUGUCUCAGACUCGGAGGUGGAGAGUCAGAGCUGCUCGUCCGGCGGAUCUCAACCUCUGAAACAAACCCCCGGUGUCUCCUCUCGUCCCUCGCCGCUCCCCUCCUCACUUCCCCGGGUCUGUUUCUCUCCGGAGCCCUGGGAGCUUCUCUUUCUCUCUUUUUCCACCCUCCUCUUCCUCGCGACUCCGGCCAACAGUUUGGUCUCUUGGAUUUGGGUUUUUCCUGCUUCCUGUUGGUGGUGAUUCACUCAGCUGCUGGCGCCGCGGCUGCUGCUCCCGCUUUUACGCACCGACGCUUUAUUUUGGAUUUGCUCGUCACUGGAGAAAACGCAGAAAUCAGCGAGGUGGAUCCGUGGAUGCGCCUUUUGGGCUCGAGCCGGAGAUGGAAAUGCUGAUAUUGUUAUUUCAUUCCCUGUGGAUAUUGCAAUGCAACACAGUGAGCGCCGACUCCAUCGUUCACAUUGGUGCCAUAUUCGAGGAGAACGCAGUGCGGGACGACGAGGUGUUCCAGCUCGCCGUGUCGGACCUCAGUCUGAGCGACGACGUCCUGCAGAGCGAGAAGAUCACACACUCCAUAAAGCUCAUCGAGCCCAACAACCCUUUCCAGGCGGUGCAGGAAGCCUGCGAGCUCAUGAACCAGGGCAUCUUGGCGUUGGUGACGUCGACGGGCUGCGCGUCGGCCAGUGCUCUGCAGUCACUGACGGACGCCAUGCACAUCCCCCACCUGUACAUCCAGAGGAACAGCGAGGGAUCCCCACGGACCGCCUGCCACUUCAACCCGAGCCCCGGGGGGCAGCGCUACACGCUGGCAGCCCGGCCGCCGGUCCGCCUCAACGACGUCAUGCUGACGCUGGUGGAGGAGCUGCGCUGGCAGAAGUUCAUCGUGUUCUACGACGUCGAGUACGAUAUCCGCGGCCUGCAGGGCUUCCUGGACCAGACGUCCCGUCAGGGCGUGGACGUGGCGCUGCAGAGAGUGGACAGAAACAUCAGUAAAGUCUUCACCAACCUCUUCACCACCAUGAGGACGGAGGAGCUGAACCGCUACAGGGACACGCUCCGCAGAGCCAUCCUGCUGCUGAGUCCUCAGGGGGCGCACACCUUCAUCCAGCAGGCGGUGGAGACCAACCUGGCGUCCAAAGACAGUCACUGGGUGUUUGUGAACGAGGAAAUCAGCGACACAGAGAUCCUGGAGCUUACCCACAGUGCACUGGGGCGCAUGACGGUGAUUCGGCAGAUCUUCCCGCUGUGGAAGGACGGCAGCAGCCGCUGCAUGAGGCAGAACCACCGGAUAUCAUCGCUGCUGUGCAACCCGCAGGAAGGGUACCUGCAGAACCUGGAGGUGUCCAACCUCUACCUGUACGACAGCGUGCUGAUGAUGGCCAACGCCUUCUACAGGAAGCUGGAGGACAGGAAGUGGCACAGUAUGGCGAGUCUCAACUGCAUCAGGAAGUCCACCAAGCCCUGGAACGGAGGCUGGUCCAUGCUGGAGACCAUCCAGAAGGGUAACAUCACGGGUCUGACGGGCACCAUGGAUUUUAAGGAAGGCGGCACCAACUCCCACGUCCAGUUCGAGAUCCUGGGCUCCAGCUUCAGUGAGACCUUCGGCAAGGACAUCAAGAGGCUCGCCACCUGGGACUCGGUUCACGGACUCAACGGGAGUCUGAAGGAGAGUCGGAUAGAGAACGGCAUGCAGGGCGUCACGGUCAAGGUGGUCACCUUACUGGAGGACCCGUUCGUCAUGGUGGCAGAGAAUAUCCUGGGGCAGCCGAAGAGAUACAAAGGUUUCUCCAUCGACGUCCUGGACGCCCUCGCCAGAAUCCUGGGCUUCAAAUACGAGAUCUACCAGGUGAGCGACAGUAAAUACGGAUCUCAGCUUCCAAACGGGUCGUGGAACGGCAUGAUCGGCGACCUCAUCAGUAAGAAAGCCGACCUGGCCGUGUCAGCCAUCACCAUCACACCUGAGAGGGAGAACGUGGUCGACUUCAGCAAACGUUACCUUGACUACAGCGUCGGGAUCCUGCUGCGAAAGCCCGAGGAGAAGAUCAACAUCUUCUCUCUCUUCGCGCCCUUUGACCUCGCCGUCUGGGCGUGCAUCGCCGCGGCGAUCCCUGUGGUGGGCGUGCUCAUCUUCCUGCUCAACAGGCUGCAGGCGCUGCGAGCGUCCGGUCAGAAUCCUCCACCGGGCCAGCCGGCCAACGGCGUGGGGUCGGGCACGCUGCACAGCGCCAUCUGGAUCGUGUACGGAGCAUUCGUGCAGCAAGGCGGGGACAGUGUGGUGGGCUCGGUGGCUCUGAGGAUCGUCAUGGGAAGCUGGUGGCUCUUCACGCUCAUCGUGUGUUCAUCGUACACAGCGAACCUGGCAGCGUACCUGACGGUGUCACGCAUGGACCACGCUAUAUGGUCGUUCCAGGACCUGGUGCGGCAGAUCGACGUGGACUACGGGACGGUGCGGGACUCUGCGGUCUACGACUACUUCAGGAACAAAGGGACCAACCCUCUGGAGCAGGACAGCACGUACGCUGAGCUGUGGAGGACGAUCAGCAAGAACAACGGGCUGGACUAUUCUGUGUCCAGCCCGUCAGAGGGAAUACGCAAGGCCAAGAAGAGUCCGUACGCCUUCCUGUGGGACAUGGCGGUGCUGGAGUACGCGGCGCUGACGGACGACGACUGCACCAUCACCGUGUCGGGAAACAGCAUGAGCAGCAAAGGCUACGGCAUCGCCAUGCAGCACGGCAGCCCGUACAGAGACCUCUUCUCUCAGAAGAUCCUGGAGCUGCAGGAGAAAGGCGACCUGGACAUCAUGAAGCAGAAGUGGUGGCCUCGCACCGGCCGCUGUGACCUCAACAGCCACGCCGGCGCCAGCCCCGACGGCCGCUCCCUCAAGCUGCACAGCUUCGCCGGCGUCUUCUGCAUCCUGGCCGCCGGCCUGCUGCUGGCCUGCCUGGUGGCCGGGCUGGAGGCGUGGUGGAACAGCAACCGCUGCCGCCAGGAGCAGCCCAAAGAGGUCACUAAGGAUUACAGACUGGCAAGGGUUUCUGGUCCAUUGACAUAUAAUGACAUUACAACUGCUUCAUCGGAGGGGAGGAGGGACAUUUGGACGAGAGAGAGAGAGGCUGGGAUGAAGCAGAAGCUAUUGAUACAGGACAAGGAGGUGAAUCUGGAGCAGGUGCAUCGUCGUAUGAACAGUCUUUUGGACGAGGACUUGGCCCACAAGCAGAUCCCCGGCCCCUCUAUCGAGAUCUCUGCGCUGGACAUCGGCAGCAUGCAGCCCAGCCAGGUGCAGGGGCCGGAGUCCGUGCGGGACUACCCCCCCUCGGGCCACGCUGUGACCACGUUCCUCCCCGGGGAGGGGGCGCCGCCUCCUCCUCUUCCCCACCCUCACCAUGGGGGGACCCUAGGCAGGACGCUACCUCUGUCCCAGGGCCCUGGCAGCACAAUGUUGCCCCUGCACCACCCGCUCAGCAGCUCCAGCCUCAGCGGCACCAUGCAGUGCAAACACAGGGCCCCCAACGGGGGGCUCUUCCGACAGAGCCCUGGCAAGACGCCCAUGCCAAUGUCCUACCAGGCAGUCUCCGCAGGACCCAUACCCGAAGCCAUUGAGGCCACUCACAGUACAUCCAUAUAGGGGGGCGUCAAAUUGCAUCAUGACGAG